AUGAAAGGAGAGGGAGGUAUUGAUUUAGACUUGCAGCAGUCACCGUCGUUCCGAUUACGACUGUUGCCAUGGAGUAUUGUGUUGUAUCCGGCCACUAUAUGUGGCCUGAUCUUUCUGCUACUCUUGACACAGAUCUCACAACCAAGCCCUCUACAGGACUUGAUCCCAUCGGGAGUCUCGAACAGCCAGGUACACCCAAUUACACAUGACCCCGAUACAUCACGUCCCUUGAUAGAGCUUCAACCGGAAAAUCAUGUGUACCGCGAUCCUGCAACGCAACAUUUCGACUGGGUGGUGACUGCCAACCAUCGACGCCCGGAUGGGGUGCUGAAAAGGAUUUAUCUGAUCAAUGGUCUUUUUCCUGGACCGACGGUUGAGGCACGACCUGGUGACCGCUUGAUAGUAAACGUGACCAAUUCUUUGGAAGACGAACCGAUCUCCAUCCAUUGGCAUGGAAUUCAUAUCGAGAAUGCUAUGGAUGGAGCAGUUGGUGUAACACAACGCCCUAUCCCUCCAGGGUCCACGUUUACCUACAACUUCACGAUUCCUGCAGAUCAAAGUGGUACAUUCUGGUACCACGCUCACUCCGGCCUCAUCAGGGCCGAUGGCCUAUAUGGGGGGCUCAUCGUACACGAGCCCUCCCCUAGGCCCACAGUCCGGGGGCUAUUAGCUCGUGCAGAUGAAAAGGGAACUGCCAGCUAUGCCAGCUAUGAUAGGGACGUUCUACUCUUAAUUGGGGAUUGGUAUCACCGAUCAGCGGACCAGGUCUACUCCUGGUAUAUGCGUGCCGGGUCAUUUGGAAACGAACCCGUCCCAGAUUCAUUACUGAUAAACGGUGUGGGCCAUUUCGAUUGCUCCAUGGCUGUCCCAGCACGGCCGGUGGACUGUAUUUUUCGACAGAUGAACCUCUCAUACCUGGAUGCGAAGAGUGACGCAGCGUACAGAGUCCGAGUGGUAAAUACAGGCUCGGUUGCAGGCUUUACAUUGGGUUUUCAGAACAAAGAAUUCAGUCUCAUACAAGUGGACAGCAUUGAGGUCGAACAAGAAGAUUCAAAUUCAGCCGGCGUACUCUACCCGGGCCAGCGAAUGGACAUCAUACUCCGUCCGGGUCCAGACAAAACUCCAAGCUCAAUGACUAUUGAUCUAGAUAAAGAAUGCUUCAGGUACCCCAACCCAGCUUUAGCAUCUAUCCAGACAUUCGAUAUAACGAAGUCAUCGGACAAUACAUCCUCCACCAUAUCUCCAUUAAACAACACGAUAUCUCUUUCCGAAGUCGCCACUAGAAAGUCACUCCUCUCCAGCCUUCCCGAAAAAGCCCAUCAAACCCACGUGGUGUACACUAAAAUUGAAAAGCUCUCCAUAAACCACAAUGUGCCGUAUGGAUUCUUCAACCGGACUUCAUGGAGGCCUCAGAUUGACACACCACUUAUUGAUCUUCCGCGCGACAAAUGGGAUGGAAACCAGCUCGUGUUGUCAACAGGAUCAUCUACUUCCCGUGCUCUGCCGUCCGAUAAAGACCAGAACUUAUGGAUCGACCUGGUAGUCAACAAUCUAGACGAUAGUGGCCAUCCAUUUCACCUGCACGGCCACCACUUCUACAUCCUGAGGACCUACCAAGCACCCGUAGGCUGGGGCGCCUACAAUCCUUUCACAGAUGCCUAUCCACCUGGUCUGGCUCCGGAAUCCGCCAGCUCAUCAAGAGCAGAUACUCCCUACGAUCUCUCCCGCGCGCAGCUACGAGAUACAGUCUAUAUCCCCAGCCGCGGGCACGCAAUCUUGCGCUUCCGAGCAGAUAACCCAGGGAUUUGGUUAUUCCAUUGCCAUAUUAUCUGGCACCAAGCGAGCGGAAUGGCCAUGCUAUUGCAGAUAUAA